UACGGCGCUUCCGGUCAGCGUGAAGGCAGAGCUUCCGCGGCGGGCGGAAGCGCUUCUGGCGGCGGCGGCGGGCCGCGGCCAUGCUGGGGGCGGGCGGGCCGCAGGGUCCCGCUGGGGCCGCCUUUGACGACUGCCCCUGGGGCUGCGUGCGGGGGGCGGGCGGCUGGAGCGGCUCUGCGGCUCUGCCGCGCUCCCCCGCAGCGCCCCGCUGCCCGCUGCACGCCGCGCCCGGCGCCCCGGAGCCCCGCUGGGGACAGCGGCAGACUGCCCUGGACGUGAUGCAUCACGCUGCGAUGGGGGACGUGUUUGGGGCGCAGGAUGCGUUCGACCACGGUGGAGCCAGAAGAGCCGCUGGCCAGAGAUGCUCAGGCUGGGAAUUCCGCUACAACGCCGGCCACCCGGAGCCCUCCAGCGAGGAGGAGAACGAGGAGGAGGAGUGGACUGACUACAGCCAGGACUGUGACGUCCCCGAUGAGGACAGCAAUCCUGCUUACCACUUCUGCGGGUUCAAGAAGUCUUUCCUGUGCAAGGACCCUCUGUCUGCUCGCUCGCCCCAGCGCUUCCUAGACACAAAAAUGCACGUCAUAGACCUGCCCUGGAAGCAGCAGGUUACAGCCGAGGAAGCAGAGAAAAACGCGAAGGAGCUGGUGGCAGAGGAAGAGCGGAUGAAGAAGAAAGCCGAGAAGAAGAAGCUCAAGAAGAAGAAGCAGAAAGACCGGAAGAGACAAGAAAAAUUAUGUCAAGAGCUAAAAAGCAAGGAGGAGGCUGAGCUGGGCUCGUCGUCUCUGAACGGUGCUGCGGGCGCCGGCAACAGCGAUAACAGCGGUGCAGAGGAGGCGAAGGACUGCCCGGAGCCCAGCCCCUCGCAGGGCCCUGGGGAGAGGGCGGCCUGCCCUGCGGAGGAGGGAGCGGGAGGCCCGGAGGCCGGCACGGAGGAGGCGGUGGAGGACGAGCUGGACCUGAGCUGCAUCUUCGUCUCCAAAGCAUGGCAGAAAGCAGGUGUGAAGCUGCCGGUGCCUGGGAAGGAGAAAGCGGCCAAAACUGGUGCAGAGCCAGACAAGAGGCCCCAGGAGAAACUCUUUGGAGGAGGCUGGACGGGCCUGGCUGCCCCGCAGGAGCCCGAGCCCGAGCCCUCGCCGCCGUGCCUGGCUGCCCCGCAGGAGCCCUCGCCCUCGCCGCCGUGCCUGGCUGCCCCGCAGGAGCCCGAGCCUGUGCCCCUGGACGCAAGCGUGGUGGAGCAGAGCCUGAUUCUAGCAGGCUGCGGGAACGAGGCUGCCCAGAGCGGCCGCUACGCGGAGGCGGUGCAGGCCUUCACGGAGGCCGUGAAGCUGAAUCCCAGGGAGUACCGGCUCUUCGGGAACCGCUCGUACUGCUAUGAGAAACUGCAGCAAUACGAGGAGGCUCUCAGGGAUGCGCAGGUGUCUCUCAGUCUCCAGCCCACAUGGCCCAAAGGCUUCUUUCGCAAGGGCAAAGCCCUGAGGGGGCUGAAGCGCUACGCCGAGGCUGUGAGCACCUUCGAGGAGCUGCUGCGCCUGGACGGCUCCUACGCCGAUGCGGCUGCCCAGCUGCAGGACUGCCGGGCCCUGCUGCAGCAGACCGGCUCCGGCAGCGCGAGCAGCCCCGGGGGUGUCCCGGCCCAGUCCCUGCUGGAAACUGGGGAGCCUCCGCUGCCUCUGUCUGGGGAGUGGACGAGUGGAAGCUGCUCUGACGCGGACAGGAAUGGGUUUGUGACCGUCACAAGCUCGAGGAGCCAUUCGAAAGGCCUGGCCCGGGCAGUAGUUCCAGCUAGCAGCAAGCAGAGCCUGACCCUGCCCCUGCAGCACCCGGCCAGGGACUGCUAUCCUUUGUGGGUCGGGAACGUCACCGCCAGGAUCACCGAGAAGGUGCUGCAGAGCUCCUUUAGCCGGUUUGGGCAGAUCCGCUUUAUCCGGAUGCUCCCGGAGAGACACUGUGCCUUCAUCAACUUCACCCAGAAAGCAUCAGCCGAAGCGGCCUACAAGACCAUGCUGGGUGCUGACGUGGAAGGGACCAAGCUGGUGCUGCAGCUCAAACACCCCUCCCACGCGACGCCGCCCCCCGGCAACUACCAGCGCCCCGCCGUGAAGUAGGUGCCUCCGCGGGGGCUCCCCCGGCCGGGGCGUCCCGUGAGCUGCCGGGCAGCGGAGCGGAGCGGAGCAAUCUUGCACCGCUGGGAGAGCACGGAGGAGCUGGGCCCCUAGUGCUGCCCCACGUCCUUGGCAGCCGGCCCCACAGGACUGCCGCGGUGGGACGGCGUGCGGCUCUGGGCUGCUGGGGGAGGCCGGCGCAGGGAGAGCUGGGCUGCCUCGGGAGGGGGGUGGCCCCGCAGCAAGGCCCCUGCUCCCGUAGCCCAACACUAAGCGAAGCCCGCGGCUCCGGGGCAGGGGCAGGGCUGUGACCAGGACGGGUCCUGGCCCUUCUGGGAGCUGGGCUUCUCUGUGGCCCCGCAGCUGGGUCAUGCUCUACCUCGUGCCACCUCGAGUGGCUGUGCCUUGGGGGGUCCUGCCCUGUGUGGGCUCUGUGUGCAGCCCCCCUGCUCCUGUCCAGGCGUUUUUACGGUGUCGCCGCACCGUGGUUGUGACCCUCCCCGCAGCGGGGGAGGGGCUCUGCGGUGGGCGCGGGUCUUGCUCGCCGCACGUGUGGCCUGGGGGCUGCCCCGGCCCCGGGCUGCCGUCCCGACGCUCUGCUCGGGGUCCCGCAGGAGCGGGAGGCCGGGGGGGCUGUGCUCACCCCGGAGCUCCUCACGGCCCUGCGACCCCGUGUCUGGCGCUGGGGAAGGGCGCUGUGCUGCAGGGCCGGCUGCUACCCUCAGCUCUUUCAGGGAUUUGUACCUGCUUUGGGUUUCUUAAUAAAACCGAGAUCCGCCA